CAGACAGCCCCGCGCGUGUCCGUGUGUUGUGUGAACGCGCAGCGCGCUCCUGUGCCGCGCUCUCUCAGUGACUCAGUGGAAGGGUUUGCGCUAAACAGCUGCUGUUCGGAACCAAGCGUCACCUCAGCGGCCAAAAACAUGUCCAAACUGGAGCAGAUCCUCGUCCUAGAUCCUCCCACCGACCUGAGGUUCAAAGGUCCUUUCACAGAUGUCGUCACUGCGAACCUGAAGCUAAAGAAUCCGUCAGAUAGGAAAGUAUGCUUCAAAGUGAAGACCACAGCGCCGCGCAGAUACUGCGUACGGCCAAACAGCGGCAUCAUCGACCCCGGGGCCACGCUCAUCAUCUCAGUUAUGCUGCAGCCGUUUGAUUACGACCCCAAUGAGAAAAGUAAACACAAGUUCAUGGUACAGACCAUCUUCGCCCCCCCAGGAGCUACAGACACAGAAGCCAUGUGGAAAGACGUGAAACCCGAUGAUCUCAUGGAUUCCAAACUCAGAUGCGUCUUUGAGCUGCCGUCUGAAAACGAUAAAGUGAAUCCUCAGAAGAGGAACCUGCUUCACUGGUUCCGUGCCGCUCCGGCUCCGGCUCCGUGGGCCGAGUUCCGCUCCCCGCUUUGCAGACGCCCGCCUUUCCCUCCCGCUCCGGGCGGCUUUAGCAGCUGGUGCGACACCCAGGAAGUCAGAACGACAGGGUCAGAGGUCAAGGCCUGCAGGCCUGCAGUGGUCAGUGAGGGUCAGAGCAGAGAGCAGCGUAGAGACAUCAGUAGGAACGAGAUGGACUCUAAAUCGGCGCCGGUUCUGAACUCCUCUAAAGCGGACGGGUCUGUGGCAGCGAAGGCCGUGGACGACUCGGAGAUGAAGAAGGUCCUGGAGGAGUGCAAACGCUUGCAGACGGAGGUCAGCAAGCUCAACGAUGAGAAUCGCCAGCUCAAGGACGAGGGUUUGAGACUGAGGAGGUUCCAGCGCAGCGAGUACGUCACGAGUAACUCCAGCUCUGCACUCGGCCGCGAGUCGAAGGCCGGCUCUCUUCCUUCGCUGCUGGUCGUCAUCGCUGCCAUCUUCAUCGGAUUCUUCCUCGGAAAGUUCAUCCUGUAGAAUCAGAGACUCCCGUCUCUCUUUGUUUGGGUUCAUUUGCUGUUUUCUGUUGAGGGCCAGACGGAUGUUAGAGCCAUGAACUGCUUCUGAAAGUCUUCCCCUCAAACGCGUUUCGUUUCACUCAAACUCGAUGGAAAGUGUAAAUGUGGUUUUAAUGGUUCAUCCAGACGAAGGAAGAGCUUCGGACCUUCACCAGAGACACAGGUGCCUCCUUCUGUACAUUCGUUCUGUUUCUGUUCCUAACAACACCAACGCAGACUGUUUUAUUACUGUAAUUAUCAUUUAUUAAUUAUAUUAUUAAUGUACUUUCUGUCAAAGCAGCAUUUAUCCACACAAGACGUUCACUGAUGUCUUCACUUUACUGUCUCAUACUAGACGACAUUGAAGAAAUAAAAGAAAAAACUCAA